GUGGAAGCCUGAAGACCACCAGUAGGUGAAAUGAAGACCUUCGCUUUGUGUUUUGCAGCGACCCUGGCCGUAGCGGUGGCCGAAGCUCCUCUUGGAGGCGGCUACAGCUAUAGCAGGCCGGGAGGCGGUGGAGGCGGAGUUUACGCUUCCGGUGGUGGCUACGCCAGUGGCGGGUACAGCGGCGGGGGUGGUUACAGCGGAGGGGGCGGAUACAGCGGGGGUGGCGGCUACAUCCAAGUAGGAGUCGGUCCUUCCACCAACGAGGGACAGUAUGUGGACCAGGAACUGCUGGAGAAGGUCCGUCAGAUCAUCCUGAAGGACGAAGCCUCUUCCGGGGUCUCCUACAGCGGAGGCGGUGGUUACUCUGGAGGCGGCGGCUACAGCGGCGGCGGCGGCGGCUACCCCAGCUCAUCCUACGGUGUUCCCUCUUCAUCCUACGGCGUGCCUUCCUCCAGCUACGGUGUCCCCUCAACACAAUACAUCAGCCGAGUCGUCGGAGUCGAUCUGGAAGGAGUCAAGCAAGCUCUGCAAGUCGCCCAGUACGAGCAGUCUUCCGGCGGCGGUGGUGGCGGCGGAUACAGCUACCCCUCAGCUCCCUCUGGCUCCUACGGUGUUCCAUCCAGGCCCUCAGGCUCAUACGGCGUCCCCUCCUACUAAACACACCCUCGGCUAUUGUACAUAUCACCUCAUCGAUUAGGAUAACGCGGGUCAUCUCAUCUUCGUCCACCGAGUUUUUACAGAAGGCGACUUUUCUGUUGUUUGUUGUUAUUUUUAUUUUUUUUAGUCAAAGUCAGCAUGAUUCUGUACAGACUCGGUACCCUAUAUUAUUAUUUUGUAUAAAAGUUAUUGUUUUUAUAAAAAACACAAAAAAAAUACGAAAAAACAACAUAAAACGAAUACAUUUUGCCACCGUGAAA